AAAAAAAAAAUCAUAUAAUUUGUUUUGCCCUUUUCCUUUUUCCAACUCCUCAGCAAAUCGCUACCCAAACUGUGUAUCGAACUCUCACACUCGUCAUCGACUUUGUUCGAAAACUUGUAAAGAAUCACAAGCCCAUAACCACAGAACUCGAAGAUGGAUGGUCAUGAUACAGAUGAUCCGAAACAGAGCACUGCUGAUAUGACAGUAUUUGUGCAAAAUCUUCUGCAGCAAAUGCAAUCUAGGUUUCAGACGAUGUCUGACUCCAUCAUUUCAAAGAUUGAUGAGAUGGGCAGUCGGAUAGAUGAGUUGGAGCAGAGCAUCAAUGAUUUGAGGGCCGAGAUGGGGCAAGAGGGGACUCCUUCUCCUUCCACUUCUCUGAAGCCAAAAGAAGACCCCAAGGCAGCUGAUGAUUCGGCAUAAGAUUUUUCACAGCAUGCUGUGUUGGUUUCACUAGGUAUGUUUGUCCUGGAAAAUUCGUUUGCUUGCGACUUUUGAAGUAUUUGAACUGAAAACCAUUGUUCUACUUUGAGAUCAUAUGAAUAUUGUUGAGGUCUGUAACUGAGGUAUCUUUUGGUGCCUAAUUUCUAAGAAUUAUAGAAGUAGAACUUGUGAGGUGUGAUGAUCAUUUGUCUGAUUUUGGUCUCAAACAAAUUUAUUAGAUCAUAUGAAUAUCUUUCAUUUUAGUCUCAUAAA